AUGAUGCGACGUUUCCACAUGUAUACAUGUCGGGUGGUGCUCCUCACCUCCCUGAUAUGGUUCAUGGUUGAUGUCCUCCUCCUCAUGUACUUCUCAGACUGCCUUAACUCCUCCUUUCAUUGCCCUCAAGAACUAAAAGUAGAAAAACUGGAGAAACGCCAGACUGAGAAUGAUGUGGAUUUGAAUUUUGCACAUGAAGUGGCCAAGAACUUGAUCAAAACCAAAGGCAUCUCGUUGUCAUAUCCAUUGUCAGCAUUACAGGCAUGGGAGCAGGCCCCAUCUGUGCGACCUCAAAUUGGGUCACCAGGUGAAGAGGGGAAACCUGUCCAUAUACCUCCUGGGCAGGAGACAGAAGUGGAAGAAAAAUUCAAGCUCAACCAGUUCAACAUCCUGGCAAGUGACAUGAUCUCAGUGAAUCGAUCCCUCCCAGAUGUACGUCUUGCAUCUUGCCACAAAAAGGAAUAUUCUCCCCUUCUUCCCACCACAAGUAUUGUUAUUGUUUUCCACAAUGAAGCAUGGAGCACAUUGUUGCGUACCAUCUGGAGCGUGAUCAAUCGUUCACCAAAGGCCUUGCUUAAGGAGAUCAUACUUGUUGAUGAUGCCAGUGAGCGGGAUGAUCUUGGUGCUCAAUUGGAGGAGUAUGUCAGGACUCUUCCAGUCCAGGUGAUUAUUCUGAGAACUGGUGCAAGAUCUGGACUCAUCAGAGCAAGGCUUCUUGGUGCCAAGCAUGUAACAGGACAAGUGAUCACCUUCCUGGAUGCUCAUUGUGAGUGCACUGAAGGGUGGCUCGAGCCAUUGUUGGAUGAGAUUGUGCGUGAUCGCAAGACUGUUGUGUGCCCCAUCAUUGAUGUAAUCUCUGACAAUACCUUUGAGUAUGUCACUGCCUCUGACAUGACAUGGGGUGGUUUCAACUGGAAACUGAACUUUCGCUGGUACAGAGUUCCACAGAGGGAGAUGGAUCGGCGGGGUGGUGACCGCAGUGCCCCACUCCUCACUCCCACCAUGGCUGGUGGGCUAUUUGCAAUGGACAAAGACUACUUUUAUGAGUUGGGCACCUAUGAUGAGGGAAUGGAGGUGUGGGGAGGAGAAAAUCUGGAGAUGUCAUUCCGAGUGUGGAUGUGUGGUGGGCGGCUAGAGAUCAUUACAUGUUCCCAUGUGGGGCAUGUGUUUCGAGACAAGAGUCCAUAUACAUUCCCUGGUGGAGUUUCCCAGACGAUAUUCAAGAAUUCAGCUCGUGUGGCUGAGGUGUGGAUGGAUGAGUGGAAGGAAUUCUAUUACGAGAUGAAUCCUGGGUCCCGCAAGGUGGACAUUGGGGAUGUCUCUGAUCGGUUGAACCUCAGGAAGCAACUUGGCUGCAAGUCAUUCAGGUGGUACCUGGAGAAUGUGUACCCAGAGUCCCAGAUGCCCCUGGAGUACUAUUACCUUGGGGACAUAAGAAAUGCAGAGUCAGGGAUGUGUCUAGACACAAUGGGUCGAAAGGGAGGAGAGAAUGUGGGCCUCAGCUAUUGCCAUGGCAUGGGGGGCAACCAGGUGUUUGCAUACACAAAACGAGAUCAGGUGAUGUCAGAUGACAACUGCCUGGAUGCCUCACAUGGAACUGGUCCUGUAAAACUGAUUCGCUGCCAUGGAUUGGGUGGGAAUCAGGCAUGGACCUACAACCAGGGUGAUCGCUCCAUUCGACACAUCAGUUCUGGGCAAUGCCUCACCAGUAUCAUAGGCAAGACUGCAGGACCUGAGCUGCGGGUAUGUGAUGGUUCCAAGACUCAGCAAUGGAUCAUGAAAGCCCAUUUCAAGUGGCAGGCUCGUGGGUGACCAAGAGUGGCAUCUUGAGUGACAACUCUGCCACUUUUUCAAUUUAGCUCUCCCAUGCAUUCCCUUCAUUCCGGCAUAUCAGAUGCUGCCUUUCUUAAUAAUUAUUAGUUAUUAUUGCUUUAUUUGAUCCUUGAAGCUGUGAUAACUAGUGACAGCCUUCCUUUCUUGCUAUGAACACGUCUUUUUCAGUUCUCUGGCUCCAGAGCAGUAUUAAAAUGGUUAUGCCCAUCAUAGAUAAAUAUUACAAAUUUAUUUAAAUCUCUGAAAAUGUUUACGUGCAUGUUGAUGUCUUGCAUUUUUGCCUUGUCUGCUGGUCAAGUGAAUUUUGAUCAAAUUGUCAAGCAUUCCAAGAAACUUCCUCGCUUUUCUAGGAUGUUUAAAUUGCAUAGUCAUCUCUCCCUGUCCUCAGUUUUGAGUCUUGUCCGUCCUUUUAUGGGUCACUCCUCAUUAAGCACCCAUUCACAUGAAAGCAUGUCUAAUAAUGUCUUCUUGAGUUCAAAAGCUCAAAAGCUUGUGCAAAAAACUGGUUAUCAUGAUAAAAGUAACAUUUAGUGUGGGUUCUUAUGCAAGUUUCUUGGGUCAUGGAAGCAGCUUGUCUCCUAUCCACUUUGUUUUGUUCCACAUUAGCAAAAACAAAGUUUAUGUUCAUCAAUAUGGGGCACCAUCUUGAUACCGGUAAUAUUGAUUAGUCAAAGAAUGCCUCAUAUGCCCUGAAGCUCUAUCAUUUUUGGGAGUUUUCCAAUUUUAAUUAAUGUGCUGUCCUGGUCAGGUUGUGCAAGUUAUUCCAGGAAAGUAAUGUGUGAUGUGAAAUAGUUAACUUACUCAUGUGAUAUUUACAGAGACAUCAAAACUAUUGGCAUCCCGAAGUUGGUCACCAAGUUAUUUUACUACGAAUUAAUGGUAGAUCUGUCUAUUGAUAUUCAUUUUAGACUUGAUGCACUCUCUCUCCUCCAUGCAUUCUUUGAUUGUGUAGAAACUAGCAUUUCUCAUGUUGACGUGUGAAGUGAUUUUGAUGCAUUAGAGGAUUGAUGUGCAUAACUUUGAAGCAAUACCCAUAUUAAUGACCUUGAUCCUGGAUCAUGAUUCCAAUGUGCCGAGAGCUGAAGAAAAAGCCUCCCCCACUAUCCUCACAUAUCACCUGUCUUCCAUUCCGAAAUCUCAGCUCCUAACCCCUGUUAUGGGUUUCAAUGCUUACUGGUCAUUCCAUGAAUGGAAACUGUGUAUCCCCAUACCAUAGAGAUCUGCUUGGUCCGUAUUUUUUUUUUAGAUAUGGUAAUAAAAUGUGGGUUCAUCUUACCUUAUUCCAUAUCAAUUUCAAUCCUGACAAGAGGGUGAAUAUGAAAACUUGAAAUUUUUUAGGAGGGCUAUGAUACCUUUUCUCCAUGCAGUAGAA